AUGGCCACCAGCUUGAAGAGAAAACAUUCCGAACUUCAAGCGGAAGUGAGACAGCUUCGUAACUCAAACGCUGCUUUGAACACAUUAUUUCAGGCUUUGCGAUCUCGAAAAGCUCACGAGGCCGGAGCAAUACUACAGAGCAUCCGCGAAGGUGACGAUGUGGAGACCAUCAUCCAAUCGAUGAUCGCCGGAGAUGUUCUGCUUCAGCUGCAGGACUGCCCAAAGAAGAGCGUCGGCUUUCAUGGCAUCAAGAUCGUUCUUUCGGAGACAAUUCAGCCGACACUGGUGCAAUCGAUAACCUGGCGCAAAGGAACUCGCCUGCAGUACCGACACCGACUACUUAAAACACUCAUGCAGUGA